AUGAAGCGUCACUGUGGUCUAGUCACUAAGAAAGAAUACAGAGUGCCCCUGAGAUAUAUCUCAGUAACUUUGUCCAUCAAUGAAUUUGUGGCUGGUGCAACUGCCACCUUCUACUAUGAGAAUGAGGAGCAAGCCCAGUUAGAGGCAACGUUUGUGUUCCCAGUAGAUGAAGACACUGCCGUCUACAGUUUUGAAGCCUUGGUGGAUGGGAAGAAAAUCAUGGCAGAACUGCAGGAGAAGACGAAGGCUCAUAGCAACUAUGAGGAUGCCCUCAAGCAGGGCUACCAAGCCUACUUAUUGGAAGAGGAUGACUAUUCCAGGGAUAUCUUUGCUUGCCAUUUGGGGAGACUCCAGCCUGGGGCCAAGGUUGCAGUUACUUUGAGGUAUGUGCAGGAACUUCCCCUGGAAGCAGAUGGGGCCCUGCGCUACCUGCUCCCAGCAAUCUUGAAUCCAAGACACCAGCUCUCUGAAGAGUCAGCGAGCAGUUACUUGAAUAUAAAGGAGCCCUUAUUCCCUGUGGAGGGCCCUUCCUACACACUCAGCAUAGUUGCCACCAUCACUUCCCAGCAUGGCAUUGAGAGGGUCCAAUCCAACUGCUCCUUGAGUCCUAUUCAGUACCUUACAGAUGACAAGACUUCUGCUCAGGUUUCCUUGGCUGAAGGACACAAGUUUGACCGAGAUGUAGAACUCCUCAUUUACUACACUGAAGUGCGCAGCCCCACUGUAGCUGUGGAGAUGGGGAUGCCAGACAGGAAGCCAGAUAGUUUGAUGGGAGCUCCUUCUGCAAUGGUGAGCUUCUAUCCCGCUAUGCCAGAAGUGGAGGCCUCAAGCGUCUGUGGAGAAUUUGUGUUCCUUGUGGACUGCUCCAUAAGUAUGCAGUCCCCCUUGAACAACCAGAAUAAGUCUGAGCUGCGCAUAGAGGCUGCCAAGGAAACUCUGCUGUUGUUGAUAAAGAGUUUGCCAGUGGGGUGUUAUUUCAACAUCUAUGGAUUUGGCUCUUCCUAUGAAAAAUUAUUUCCAGAGAGUGUAAAGUACACUCAGGAAUCAAUGGAGGAGGCAGUGGAAAGAGUGAAGGAUUUGGAAGCUGAACUAGGGGACACUGAAAUCUUAACACCACUUUGCAACAUAUACAAGGCACCCUCCAUUCCUGGCCAUCCCUUACAGCUUUUUGUCUUCACAGAUGGAGAAGUUACUGACACAUUUAGCGUCAUCCAAGAGGUGAAGUUAAACAGCAAAAAACACAGAUGUUUCUCAUUUGGAAUUGGAGAAGGCGCCUCCACCAGUUUAAUCAAAAGCAUUGCUCGGGUAUCAGGGGGCAGUGCAGAGUUUAUCACAGGCAAAGAUAUGAUGAAGACCAAGGCUCUUAGGUCUCUGAAGUUUGCUCUACAGAGUGCAGUGGAGGACAUCUCUCUGACCUGGGAUUUGCCACCUGGUCUGUCUGCUAACAUGCUUUCUCCAAAGGAGACUGCCAUCUUUAGGGGUCAGAGGUUAAUCAUCUAUGCCCAACUGACGGGGUUUAUGCCUCUAAUGGAGAGCUCUGGGAAAAUAUGCCUCAAGUACACCAUCCAGGGCAAGAGUAUUGAAAACAGGGUGACAUUUUCCCUACAACCCAAGACGAAUGACAGCUUCACCAUUCAUCGGUUGGCUGCAAAGUCCUUGAUUCAGAUCAAAGACCUGGGACCCAGUAAGACCCCAGAAAGAGAAAAAGAGGAUGUGGUGAACAUCAGCAUUCAGUCUGGAGUCCUCAGCUCCUUCACAGCUUUCAUUACCAUAAUGAAGGGGCUCAACCAGCCAGUGCAGUGUAGUGCUGUUCACAGACUGAUUCCAAGGCCAGUGGCAUUUGAUACUGGUAUAGCACUUCCACAAAUAAUUACACCAAAUUACAAGCCACGCUUCCGCUUGAGACCGGCAAGAUAUGUAACAAAUUUUCAAGAUCAUAUAGAUUAUGAAAAGCAAUCUUCAGUUCUCCAGAAAAAACCACGGGUAUUUAAACUAAUACCAGUGACAGAUUCUUCCACCAGAAAGAACAACUUACAAAAUGACCACAAAGCUAUAGGAGAGAAUGUUGCUGGGAAGCUGAUUUCCCUCCAAAAUGCAAAUGGAUCUUGGAAGCUGGAUGAAGACCUGGCCAUGAUCCUGGGCACUAAUUUGGAAGACAUCAAGGCUGCAAACCCUGCCAAGCAUGAAGAUCCCUCAGCCUGGGCUGCAGUGCUGGUUGGGCUCUGGCUGCAUGCCAAUGCAAAGGACUUCACCGGCCAUUUUCUGAAAAAGAGGGUCAUGGCCUGGCUUCAUAACCAUGGUGGUUCCUCCAUCCCCAUGCUUGUGCAGGCUGCCAAUGGUCUCUUGAAAGUAUCUGUGAAUCCUGAUGCCUUAGGCUUCUGAAGAUGUCACCCACAUAAAGAAGAGUGUU